CCGAGUCAUGUGAUCAGAGCAACAUGGCGGCCUCGGAGUGACCGGGGGGAGCGGCGGCGGGAGGCUUGUGUGUAACCAGAUUGGGGGUCCAGUUUUCCGAGCAACAAGAUGAAUACAGAAAAGGACUUUGCACCGCUCACCUCCAACAUUGUGCGAGCUCUCAAUGACAAGCUGUAUGAGAAGAGGAAGGUUGCUGCCCUGGAAAUUGAGAAGUUGGUGCGUGAGUUUGUAGCACAGAAUAAUACCGGGCAAAUCAAACAUGUCAUCCAGAUCCUGUCGCAGGAAUUUGCACUGUCGCAGCACCCUCACAGCCGCAAGGGUGGGCUGAUUGGUCUUGCCGCCUGCUCCAUCGCUCUUGGCAAGGAUUCCGGUCUGUAUCUGAAGGAACUGAUUGAACCGGUUCUGACGUGUUUCAACGAUGCUGAUAGCCGACUGCGUUACUACGCCUGUGAGGCUCUGUACAACAUCGUGAAGGUGGCCAGGGGCUCAGUCCUCCCACACUUCAAUGUCCUGUUCAAUGGUCUUAGCAAGUUGGCUGCAGAUCCAGAUCCAAAUGUCAAAAGUGGCUCCGAGUUGCUGGACCGGUUAUUAAAGGACAUUGUCACGGAAAGUUCCAAGUUUGAUCUUGUGGCCUUCGUACCCCUCUUGAGAGAGCGAAUCUACUCCAACAAUCAGUAUGCCCGACAAUUCAUCAUCUCCUGGAUCCUUGUACUGGAAUGUGUUCCCGAUAUCAACCUGCUGGACUACUUGCCAGAAAUCUUGGAUGGGCUCUUUCAAAUCCUGGGAGACAACAGUAAAGAGAUCCGCAAAAUGUGCGAGACAGUCCUCGUUGAGUUUCUGAAAGAGAUCAAGAAAAACCCUUCAAGUGUCAAGUUUGCGGAAAUGGCCAACAUCUUGGUCAUCCAUUGCCAAGCCUCUGAUGAUUUGAUUCAGCUGACUGCAAUGACGUGGAUGAGGGAGUUCAUUCAGUUAGCUGGCCGUGUGAUGCUGCCCUAUUCUUCGGGAAUUCUGACUGCUGUACUGCCGUGCCUCUCCUACGAUGACAGGAAGAAGAGUAUCAAGGAGGUAGCGAAUGUAUGUAACCAGACCCUGAUGAAGCUGAUCCUGCCUGAGGACGAUGGCGACCACGUCCGUCAGAUAGCGCUUCCGAACCACAACGGCUACACCGAUGAGUCUGGCUCAAGCUGCAAGAACUCCUCCGACCAGUUGAACACGUCCCAGGACUUGGCCACGAGCAACAACAGUGGUGUGUGUGUCACGAUCGACCGUUCUCGGGAGACCCUUGACUUGGACGGGAUUGUGCUUGUGUUGGAUCGCCACCUUCACGAUACAGUCACAGGGAUGAUGACACGAAUUGCUAUCUUGAAGUGGUUGUAUCAUCUUUAUAUCAAAACUCCCAGGAAGAUGUUCUGGCAUACGGAUGGCUUGUUUCCGAUGUUGCUGAAGACUCUUUCUGAUGAGUCAGACGAGGUGAUCUUGAAAGACUUGGAAGUGCUGGCAGAAAUCGCCUCCUCUCCAGCAGGUCAGACGGAAGGACACGAUUCGAGUGAAAGCAUCGGCACCCAAAAUAGCCAAUCAGAGCUGCACAUUCCUAUUUCAUCCUCCACACCACUGAACUCUUCCAGGCCCCGCACAUUGGAAUGUUCCCCCUCGACUCCCACCAUGAACUCUUAUUUCUUCAAGUUCAUGAUCAACUUGCUGAAGCAGUUCAACAAUGAGAAAAGUCUGCUGGAGAUUCGAGGGCCUUUUAUCAUCCGGCAGCUGUGUCUCCUGUUAAAUGCUGAGAACAUCUUCCAUUCCAUGGCUGAAAUCCUACUUCGGGAAGAAGACUUGAAGUUUGCUUCAACCAUGGUCCAAACUCUGAACUCCAUCCUCUUAACGUCAACUGAACUCUUCCAGCUUCGAAACCAGCUGAAGGACCUGCGCACAACGGAAAGUUGCAAUCUGUUCUGCGGCUUGUAUCGUUCCUGGUGUCACAAUCCUGUCGCCACAGUCUCUCUCUGCUUCCUCACACAGAACUACAAGCACGCCUAUGAUCUCAUUCAGAAAUUCGGGGAUCUUGAGGUGACGAUAGAUUUCCUGACCGAAGUGGACAAGCUGGUGCAACUGAUCGAGUGUCCAAUCUUCACAUAUCUGCGGCUGCAGCUCCUCGAUGUUGAGAACAAUCCCUACCUGAUCAAGGCCCUGUACGGACUUCUCAUGCUCCUGCCUCAGAGCAAGGCCUUCCAGCUCCUCUCCCAACGUCUGCAGUGUGUGCCCAACCCCGAGCUGAUGCGAACCACGCCCAGUGAAAAGCCCACGACCUCCAACAGGCAAGUUCCUUCAGAAAUUGACUAUAACGAACUUCUGCAACACUUUGAGAAGGUACAGAACAAACACCUGGAGGUCAGGCACCAGCGGGCAGGUCGCAACGAUCAGCUGGAGAGGAAGCUGCCGCUGUGACCCUGGACACCGGCGAGAGGACACUGCACACUUGAUUGUAGGAUUUCCAGUUUUGGGACUUGCUAAAACUGUGGAGCCGGUUCUGUCAGGCUGUUCCACUACCUUUACAAUGCAUAGUCCUUCACCACUACAGAUACUGUACUGAUAUUUCUCUGUUAAUUUAUGGUCCCACGAGACUUUCACAAUGUAGUGGCCAUUGCAUUCCUAUUGACCCCCUGUGGUAGAUUCCUCACCCUUUCACUGCUUAUCCAGCCUAUACACCACAUAUAAUAGUUUUUUCAGUCCAGAGGGUUCGUUACUUCUCACUCAUCACUAAUUCGCACAUUACCUCUCCACUUCCCGUUCACAUUUGAGAUCAAUAUCCUCAUCCAAAACUGUUCCUCGCUUCACAUGAAUUGAAAAUAUCUGGCAGGACCAAUAUUGUUAAUUGAAUUCAGUAAGUGCAAGCUCUUUGUCUCUUUCAUUACACUGCCACACACUGCACUUACAAAGCCUUGUCGACAGCAUCUUGAGCAGAGUGGAUUUGUUACUGAUGCUCAUGACUGGUUUGGGCAACAGGGCAAUGAUUCGUAGCCUGAAAUGGGUAAAGGCCGAGAAGAGACAUUGUCGAAAGUAAUAGAGCAUCUCACAACCUGGUCUAGAGGUACUUGAUUCAGAUGGCACUUGUCAUUGUGCUCAAGGUUAAACACAAGAUCACACUGGUGCAUUUUAACAGAAAAUGAUGGCUGUAAAAAAAAACAAAUUGGAUCCAUCUCAUUCAAUGGAGGGGUAUGAAGGGUGUUCUCUCGUUACAACUGACAAUGGUCAAGGGUCACUCACUGGUAUCUUAAGUGUGUCACGUAAAAAUGAAGUAUUUGGGAUCAGGUCAAUGAACCGCUGGUUUAGUACACACCUGGGUUUGUUUGUAGACCAAUUUGGAGGACCAUUUCAAAAUUACUAUCUGUGCGCAAGAUCGAAUAAUUUAAUCACUGAAUCCUAAAACACUCAGAGUGCAGUCAAAUGAUGUAAUGCCGAUGUAACAUCUUCCCAAAACAGAGCUGGGGAAUGGGCUACAUGUCUUGCUGCACCAUCAAAGCUCCCACCAUAUCUGGUUUCCCAAACUUCAAUGCUAUUUAUUCACAAGACUGCUGAAUGCAUUGCAACUGCAUCUUAGAUGACCACUGCACUGAGAGUCGUUUGGGAGGAGAAGCGUGUCAGUGUGCAGCAGGACAGCAAUAUUGGAUAUUGAAGUCCUUGCACUGUUUUAUAAAUCGCCUGUAUGCUACUGCUGCUUGGUUAUUUUGCAUAGGCCUUUAGUGGCCUGUGCUUUUCGAUGGUCCUUGUUUAAUCGAUCACUGGGGCUUAUUUGUACCAAUCUGGGGUCGUUGGAGGAUUUGCGCACCAGUCUCUAACUGGAUUAGAUUGAUACCCACAAAAUGAAUUGUUUUGUUAUGGUUUUUUUUUAUAUAUAUAACAGAAUAAAUCUCAAAACCACUCAGGGUGGCAUCCUAAUUUACUCAUAAACUGCAGCAAAAAAGUCCCUGAACUCAUGACCCAAACCACUAGACCGUAUUUAUCCAUUUCCCAAGCACUGCAGGAAUGUUUCUCCAGCAGAAUGCAGUGAUUGGAGGAUUGUUGCAUAAGACAUUGCAUAAAAUCUGUUUCAACGUUGGGGCAGCAAACUUGAUUGUCAGGGAGGUCUAUCCAGUCAUAUUGGAUUUGGCAAUCUCUUGGGAGAUCUUGAUGUGAAAGCUUCUUUAAAUAUAUCACAGGGAGCAUGACUGAAUUGCCUCAAAAACAAAUUGAUCUUUCCCCUAACUGCAUACUUCUAGCCCAAUUGGCUCCCUUUUUAUAAUUAGAAAUAUUUUAGAUGCAAAGAUGUUAAAUUUAAAGGCAAAGUUCUUUAUGUUUAGAGGAUGGUGAUAUUUAGACUUCCUCCUUUUUAAACUCUGCCACUUUUAAUGGCAGUAAACUCCUCGAGAGACAAGAAAUGUUUAAAAAUCAAACACUGCCCCACAAAUUUGAAGCCUGUAUCUGUACAAAGUAUCUUCCACUUGAGGUAAUCUUCUUCCCUCUGCAGCGUAAAGUCGACGUGGUUGCAAUUGGCUGUAUUCGAGCCAGGGUGUCUGUUCAAUCCAGCCAAUGCUGCCCUUGCACCCCAGCACCCACUGAAGCCCACCAGUUAUACCUCUGUUAUUUCUCAAUGUUUGUUUAACACCUAAAUGACUACUUGCUCUUAGAAGUGAUAAGAAUCACAAAAACUGGUUGUCCUGGCAUCUUCACCUUCCUUCCCAUCCUCCUCUCAACUCUUUCUCCUUUUCCAUCUGUUGAAGACCAUGGCAUUACUGCUGGAAGGGGACGGUUUGCCAGUCGGAUAUUAAGCAAUUCCAUCUGUGUCCAGGGACCACUCAGUUUGUGGCAUUGGACAGAUCUUCCAUCUUUUCGUUGCAAUGAGGCAACAAAACCAGGAACUCCUUUUCUCGACCCAUCACGAAUUUAAAGCUGUUUACUGCCCCAUUUUAUAUAUUUUGGGAUCCGUCAAGUACCGGAACAACGUAGAUGCACAUCACUGGAUUAAUUCACAUUAAUAUCAAGGCAUUACAGUCGAAACCACACUUAAGACACUUUAAUGUUCAGAUGCCCUGAAUAAAUCCAAAACUUCACCUCCCCCCAAUCUUCUUGGCAAUUGCUGCACCCAGUAUUACUUCGCCUCAAACGUUGUUUAUUGACUGACUCUUAGCCACCGGUGCUGCUCAUCUGUGUAUUAGACAGGACCUCAGCCACUUUGUUUAGUCCAGGGGCAGGAUCUGACUGCUUUAUGCUGAGCUCUUUGAUCCCCAUCAUGAAGGUAGAGACUCGUUUGUGUAACGUUCACCGAAUAUAGGAGCGUCCCACUCCCAAAAUCCAUCAGAGUGAGAAGAACCCAGGCCCUCUAGCAGAAGCCAACACGUUGAAUGAAAGGUUGAGUGUACUUCAGUCCUUGGAAGGAACCUGAUUGCAAAAGCAAGGCAAACGUUUUGCUGGGGGCGACGUCCUGUGAAUUUGCCGUUUGCAGUGAUACUUCCCUUGGAAAGGAGUGGUGUAGGUGGCAGUGAAUUAGUUAAUGAACCGGUGUUUGAGGGCUAAACCAAACGUAGGGCAGGAUUUGCACUGUAUUCGAGAGCGCUGACUGAAUGCCCAGUUGAUGCACCAUUUGCUAGCUAUAGCAGAUCACUUGCCUUAAUUGCACUGAAGGUGGAUUACAAGUUUGUGAUAAAUCUCUUUAAAGCCCAAAGAGUAAGGACUAAUCAUGGCCUCAGAUUGUAAAUAAAGCCAGCACAUCCAGUGAAUCAACAUUGUUAAUCUUGUUUACAAAGAGACUUGUCCUUUGAAUUUAAAAUUGAAAUAAACUUGAGUUGUACAUG